AUUCUCUCACCCUGGGUCACAUGGUGCUUGGUGUUUGAAGGAAGGUUCUACUUCCCCUUUUCACUUUAUUGACGUGACCCACUGUUCUCUGAUGAGCACCUUACUCACUUCCCAGUGCCAGCGCGGGUUCAUUGUCUGGGCACUGCUCUCGUGAUCUGGGUGGAACUGGCCUGCCUCCUAAGAGCUUCUCCUCCUCCAGUCCCUGGAGAAGACGUCCAUGCUGCUGUGGGCUUCCUUGCUGGUCCCCGCUCUAGUCAAUGGACAAUUUGUAACUACGCCCACGUCUGUGAUUUCUCUUCAUCCGCCAUGGACCACAGUCUUCCAAGGAGACAGAGUGAAUCUGAUCUGCAACGGAUUUCAGUUCUAUGCUCCAGAGAACACAACGUGGUUCUAUAAGGAUGGUAGGGAAAAUACACAAACAGAACACCCAGGAAACACCCUUGUGGUCUGUAAAUCCGGAGAAUACAAAUGCCAGGUCCAGGGCUCACUUCCAAGUGACCCUGUGUCCUUGCGUUUUGUAACAGGCCCUAUCAUCCUUCAGGCCCCUCAUCUUGUGUUUGAAGGGGACACAUUGAUUCUGAGAUGCCAGAAAAGGGGGAAAGAUAAACUGAUUGCUGCAAAAUAUAAACAGAAUGGAGAAACUGUCUUUGAUUCUAAGGAUUCUAAUCUAGGCUUGGAUCUUUUCAUCCCACAAGCAAGUUUGAAUAACAGUGGCACCUACGAAUGCUGGGGAUAUGAAGACAAAAAUACUGUUUUCAAGUCAGAUGCUAAAAUUAUUAAAAUUCAAGAACUAUUUCCAGAUCCAAAGCUGAAAGCCACAGACCCUCAGCCCACAGAGGGGAAUCCUGUACAUCUGAGCUGUGAAACACGGCUUCCUCCAGCACGGUUGGACACUCCACUCCACUUCAUCUUCUUCCGAGAUGACAAGGCCAUCCUCUCCGACUGGAGCAACUCCUCAGAGAUCCAGAUCCCAACCAUCUGGAGAGAAAACUCAGGGAAGUACACGUGUGGUGCGGAAACGGUGACCCACAGCGUCUACAAGCGCAGCCUCCCACUGGAGAUCCAUGUGCAGAGGAUCCCUGUGUCUCAGGUGUCCAUAGAGAUUCAGCCCCCAGACGGCCAGGCAGUUGAAGGAGAGAAGUUGGUCCUUGUCUGCUCUGUGGCUGAAGGUACAGGGGAGACCACGUUCUCCUGGCACAAAGAGAACACGAAGCAGCAUGUGGGACAGAAAACUCAGCGUUCCCAGACGGCAGAGCUGGAGAUCCCUAACAUCAGGGAAAGCCAUUCCGGGAGAUACUACUGUACAGCUGACAACAGCUACGGCCCCGUCCAGAGCGGGAUGGUGAACAUCACUGUGAGAGGGAUUCCAGGACAAAAAAGUGGCCUUAUCGCCUUGGGAACCUGUGGGGGAUUUCUCAUGCUUCUCAUAGCCGUGCUGUUUUACCACCGCUGCUGGAGGAAACCAGGAGAUGGUUUCCUGGCUGAAGAAACCAGGAGCCCUCCCUUCCCAGGGCCAACAAGGUCCUGCCCUGUCCAGGUGGAGCUGCAGCUGUUACCUGGCAAUGUGCACCCCAAAGAGGAAGACUUGUUAUAUUCUGAGAUCCAGAUAAUUCAUCUGGGAGACAAAGAGAAAGCCAACACCUCCAGCACACCUCCAGAGGACAACUGUGCCUCAGUUAUCUACUCUGAGGUGAAGACAAAGCUCCCAGAUAAAUCAACUGAAAAGGUUGGCUCCAAGGAGGAAAAUGCCAUGAAAGGUGGCAAGACUGUCCUACCCUUGUGACUUGAUCCAGAGCCCCAAGUCCUCAAGUCCCUGGAGUGACCAGUUAGUUCCAGCUUUCCAAAUCUCUCUUAAGUUCAUUCACUGCAAGAACUAGGCUGGCUCAUUCCCUCUGAAAUGGUAAUGGAUGGCCUCUGAAAGACUUUUCUAAAGUGAUUGGCACCCACGCUUCAGAGAAGAAGUCACUGUUAGCUACUCUGGCUUGACCUAAUGCAUAGGGUUUGGGUUAGGGGUAGGGAAUAAGGAGAGAAAAGAUUACUUUUGGAAAAAUAGAAAUACAGCUUUUGAUGAACUGGGAUUGGCACAGAAGUUGAAGAGUGAGUGACCAUGAUUGCUGCUUAAUGCAUUUACAUUUUUCACUAGGGAAUCACCUACAUCAGUCGUUAGAACUGUGAGCAGUUGCACAGUGACAGUGCCUAGCCCAUCUCCUCAGCCUACAAAGCUCACACUGUCAGGUUUCAGAUGCAGACAAAAAAAAUGGGCCUCAAAUUGUUUACAGAGACAGGAACUUCAACGAGGAUAUUAAUGCUCUACAGAAUCAUGAGAAGAGUUAGAGAAGCAGGUUCUAGACUGAGCUUCCAAAAGUAAAAUGUAGUUAUGUUAAUGACAUUGAGGACAAAGGCUUUUAACAUUAGAGAGAAGAGGCACAAACAUAAAAUCAAGAAGUUAAGGGACCAUUGCUGUGGCACAGUGGAUUAAAGCCCUGGCCUGCAGCCCCAGCAUCCCAUAUGGGUGCUGGUUCGAGUCCCUGCAGCUCCACUUCCAAUCUAGCUCUCUGCUAUGGCCUAGGAAAGCAGUGGAAGAUGGCUCAAGUCCUUGGAUCCCUGCACCUGCAUAGGAGACCUGGAAGAAGCUUCAGGUUCCUGGCUUCAGAUCUGCCCAGCUCCGGCCAUUGCAGCCAUCUGGAGAGUGAACCAGUGGGAUGGAGGACCUCUCUCUCUCUGUCUCUACCUCUCUUUGUAACUCUGUCUUUCAAAUAAAUGAAAUAAAUCUUUAAAAAAAAGAAGUUAAGAAACAACUCUGUAAACCUAAAUUUAUAUUGGAAAUAUGGACAUAAACUCUUGAGAAAUGCUGCCUUUUAAAAAAAAACAAUAUGUAAAGACAAAAUUAAAUAAUAAAAAGCAAAAUGUGUUUCUUAGGUCUGUCCACUGAAAAGGCCUAG